CGACAUUCUCUGGCUCUCACAAAAGUAACCUACUAAAGGCUGUGACAUUAUCGAAAACCUCCCCGUUUGUUAGAAGCCACCUAUUAGUACUUACAAUCUAAUAUAACUAUAUAAUAUAAAUAUAACAAGUUGUAAGUAGCCUAUGAAGUUCCGAUGUCAAUGUGUUAUAGUCUAUUUUAAUUACGUUUCCAUACGGGGACUUUUGUAUUGACAAAUACACGGAUCUUAUCCGGAUGUUUACACUGCUAAAUGUAAAGGCUGUAUGUAUCAGAGCCUUUCUUUUACUGUCUAUGAUCAGAGCCCGUUUACAUUCUCUGGCUGUAUCAUGAUCACGAAAACCUCCUGGUAGAAGCCAACUAGUACAUGUAUCAAGUUUGAUAUAAUCGAUAUAACAAGUGUGAAACUGCAGUGCUAAUUUAACCUAGGCACGUGCUUUCUUCGGCAACGUGAGUAGUCAUGGAAACAGACUCGUCUCUCCUUGGUUCUGAGUUCACUCAGGAAGAAGAGCUGUAUCAGCAGCUGUUAUUGCAGACAAUGGAGAAAAUGCAAAACAGUGGAGCCUCAGAUUCUAAGACCAUCCGCCCUCAGCCUGGACUCUGUGCCAAAACAUUUACUCUACCAGAGCAACAGAAAGUCUUUCUGAACAUAUGCCAGUCUUCGCAAGUGCCGCUUCCUCCUCCACUUUCCCAUGAGGAUCUUAUAGAACUGCUGGAGUCAGAUGAUCCGUCGGGGUACAGAGUUCCUAUGAGCCUGGGCGAGCCUCACACAGAGUUGGAUAACAGUAAGCAGGCUUGCACCGUCUAUGAUGUGGUGGUCAAUGAUGAAUUCUUUCAAAAGUGUCAGAAUGAUGAGCUGUUCCAGCAGUUCCUUCUGGCUGUCUCCCUGGAGGGUCUGGAGAAUAAAUACAAAAUGGGCCUGAGCAGAGAGUGCAAAGUCCUAAAAAACAGGAAAUUCCUGGGAUCCAUAACAGAGCAAAAUAUUCGCACAAAAAGCAAACCAGUUAUACAGGAAUUGGACUCAAAGCAGACAAGUUCAGCUCCCGAACCUCCGAAAAGCCCAGAGUUGUGUUUGCAAGUGGAGCCUGCUGUUGGAAACCCUCAGUACCUAAUUGCGGAGGUCCAUCUGCCUGGGGUGACUUCAGCACGUUCCCUCGUGCUGGAUGUAGGAGAGGACAGGCUAGUGUUGAUGGCUCGACCCUCACUCUUCCACCUUGACUGUUUCUUCCCACACCUUGUUAACCAGGAGAGCAGUGUGGCCCAGUACAACACCAGCACACAGAUCUUAACUGUGACCAUGCCAGUGGUGGGAUGAAGAGAAACCCACAGAGAGUUCAAGAGCAUAUUUAUUUAAUAAUUAAUAAAGUUUUCGUUUUUGUA